AUGUCGUUCGAAGAUUCUUGCUCAUCAGAUUCUUCAAUUCACCCCAGGAACCAAGAAGACCAGCCUAAAGAAUCAGCCUCGCAGUUAAACGCUCAAUUUAUCUCUUUAAUCGAGUCAGCGCAGGCGCAAAGCUACCAACAAGGAUUCCCAACCCAAACGGCGACUUGGACAUUUAAUGCGCCAGCGCCAGCGGUAGAAAACCACUCAGAGUCAACGCAAAACUUUUCAAACUCUCUACAAAGCCCCCAUAAUUCAACGGCUUCGCUUGAAUCGAGCACCAAUAUCCCAUCUUCUAUCCUGCAUUCCGAUACACCACUCUCUGGACAGAGUGUUCAGCCCUCUUUUGACAGUGUUGGCUGUGAAGAACAAUUGACUGAUGACCAAGGAAGCGGCCUUGGUAUAACAUCAUACCCUAUGUCCGUAGCAUCAGAUACAUACUUCGCUGGCCCAAUGCAGCCUCACUCUCAACAUUAUGUCUGGGCCAAUCGCCCAUUUCAACCGCUUCAAUCGCCUCCAGGGAACAUGAAUCAACAGUUCCCGCCUCCACAGCCAUAUCCCCAAACUGGAUACCCAGUCGGUUAUAGCGGCCAGGCCGGCGGGCCUGUCCCUAAUUACCACCAAGAGCUCCCGACACCAUCACCAUACCUUUCCACGGCGCCUGGUAGCGCUCAACGACAACCUCAAUCUCGCAGCCCAUCCAUACCUCGACCCUUUCCUCCUCAUUCAGCUGCUGGGCACAUGCCCGAUCAACCUCUCAUGACCUCUUCUCCCCCUUAUAAUAUGAUGGGUCAGCCUCCAUACUAUCAUCUUCCGGAAGCACCACCAGUUCCAUCCUCUCACCAUUCCUCGAUUAGCUCUCACACAUCUUCAAUGAUGCACGAUCCCAUAUAUUCCCACGACUCGGCGAACACCGCGUCAAGCAAAGAACAGCAGCUUCAUGUUUCGAGCUCGCGACCAAGACCGCAGUGCUGGGAUCACGGCUGUAAUGGUCGGGAGUUCUCGACAUUUAGUAAUCUACUUCGACACCAGCGCGAAAAGUCCGGUGUGGUCGCCAAGGCAGAGUGUUCUGUGUGCGGAGCUGUAUUCACACGCACGACGGCGCGCAAUAUCCAUGUUGCGCAGGGCAAAUGUAAAGGCGCGGGAAGAGACUCGAUGACUGAGUGA